UUACAAGUGGUGAGAAACAUCGAUGAGGUGGCAUUCAUACAAAAUCUCGUUUACUACAUAGAAAAUGGUUAUCGCACGCCGGACUUUGGAAUAUGGGAAAGAGGAGACAAGACCAAUCAAGGGAUAAGGGAACUUAAUGCCAGCUCUAUUGGGAUGGUAAAAGCUGCUCUGCAGGCUAUGAACGAUGUUGGUGACCUAUUUGGAGAUGGAUCGCGACGAUCUGCCAUUCAUGUUUUGCCUGAUGAAAUUGAACAAUGCUCAGCAGUACUCAGCAGCAUGUUGCCAAGAGAAUCGUUUAGCAAGGUAUUUUGUGCCCUUGUCGAGUUUUUUUGGCUUGCCGUAAGAUCUCUUUGA